AUGAGCCUAAAGCCUUCUGUCUGCCGGGACCUGCUCAUCCGCGUCUUGGGGGGGCUGUGUCUUACUAAGUUUGGCUUGACCUACAAUAAUUCUCCGGACGCAUUGCCCUUUUCAAUUCGUGCUUCUAUUUAUCAACUACGGGCCAUGGCUAGUCUUAAGAAUAUCAUGAAUACCGAGGACGAGCCCAUCGAUCCAAGAUCCGAGAGCCGUUCCACUGACCUGACUUCAAAGUCACCCUCUGUCCACAGCUAUGUCACACCCUUGAACUAUCAAACACACUCCCCUUCUCAUAUCAACCCUCAUGACCCAUCAGGAUCAUCCAAGUCGUCCUCUGUUAUUGAUCCCUCAUCACCGACAACAGCCGAUCUCAAUAUGAAUAACCGACGACGCCGUAGCAACAUGAGCAUUGACUCUAAUGAUACACAUUAUGCUACCCAGCAUGCUUCAUCGUCAAACGCCCUCAUGAGGCCCUUUACGACUGCAGCGAGCGGCGAGUCCCGUGUCAGGUUGACUCCAAUUACUGGAAAGAUUAGCAAGGCAAAGAAAGGCGUACUAGUUCAUAAUUGUGAUCAGUGUCCCAAGACUUUCUCUAGAGCAGAACACCUGAGACGACAUCAGCUCAGCCAUUCGCCUCCAGAGUUGUAUUGCUCUAUCCCUGGUUGUAACAAGACCUUCUACCGCAAGGAUCUUCUCGAUCGACAUGUUCAGAGACAUGACCAAGAUGCCGUGGAUAUCAUUGAACCGGAGCACCCUCCUGCCCAGGGCAGUUCGAAGACACAUUUACUGUCCCCUGCGGAGACUACACGACCCAAGCCUAUCGAAGCGUUCAACGAUCCUCAAACAUUGGCUCCUGUGAAUAGCAGCUCUAAUGUCACCGGGGCUUGGCAACCAAUGACUUCUGCACCCAACAUAAACCGCAACUACAAGACGGAACCUAGUAUAAACGGACCGGCUGAUUACACAGGCCACUACGCGUUAGGUCCUGAGCUGCCAGCAGUAAACAAUAGUUUUAUGUCAAACUAUGAUGAGCCAAGAAUCAUGCCGGCUAUGCCAAUACUGCCGACUCUACAUGAGAGUGCAACUCCAGAACUACAUUGGCAAGGCAGCUCCGGAUCAACAAGCGCUUUCUCGACUCCUCCGAAUAACUCAAGACGUACCCAGUUUCCUGUGCCGGUUGCGAACGAACCUUGGAUGACCCCGGCGUCAACUUACCAGGGCGCUCCGAACGAUAUAUCAAGAACUAGUAUGGACCAUGUCACAUAUUCUGCCCCAUAUGUGUACAACAGCACUCCGCCACAGGUCUACACUCCUGUCUUUGGCAUGGACCUAUCUUUACCUGGAUAUCCCGAAGACACUACUUUCAGUACUGUCGGUCAAACACCCAAUUCCACAGUUCGUAGUGUAUCCCCUUCAUUGGCUGUUGCUCAAUCUGAGACUUUGUUAGCUGUUCCGUCGCUACCAACUUCAGGCGGGACUUUCGAUUUGGCCAGCUGCAGCUCUGGGACCUCAGGAGGAAACGGCUUGUUAAGCACUCAUGAUUUGAUGCCACUUUCCCUUUCAUCUGCUACUAGUGAAGCAAUUCCAAGGUAUCUUGAGGUUUAUUGGGAUCAAGUCCACCCCAAGGAGCCUAUCAUUCAUAAGCACACAUACCAAGACGUCCCUGAGGAAGAGACAGAGCAUAUACAUGUGCUGCAAUGUGCUAUGGCCGCACUGGCAACACAACUUAUUCCCAACGCAGACGACCGCAUGAAGGGAGCGGAGCUUCAUGCUUACGCCUUGCACAAGUCCAAAGUGUUUACACGCUUUGAAAAGUGGUCAAUGCCAGUCCAGCACACGAUUGCACUAUGCGAGUACUACGCGCGGUUUCGCGGUAAAAAUUCAUAUUCGCACCAACCCUCUACCCGGUUCACUUCGCUCUAUAACAGGGUCGUCAGUGAUCAACUCGCUUCUACUUCUCGCCCCUCCAUCAAAGAUGGACAUCAAGCUUGGAAAGCCUGGAUUGCCGCAGAAUCAAGACGACGGUUGUUGGCAGCUUGCUUCCUGCUUGAUGUACAUAGCUCAUGGUACCACGAACGCCAAUACACUUCUGUCGUCGGUUUAGAUUACUCUUCUCCGAGUACUCUCCCAAUCCCGCUUACAGCUACAACGACAAAGGCUUGGGAAGCCUGUGACCCUCAAUCAUGGUCAAAAUUACGGACAAGAAGGGCUCCAAAAUCCAUUUCUAACACAAACCUGCGAACACUAUCUGCUUCUGAUAUAGCAUCUGGCCCAGCUUUUGAUGCGGCAGUUUUACUUGCUGUAUACUCAUUAUCCCUUCCACGGCGCCAAAGCCCAUCGCAAAUUAGCCUUGUGGAAGAUGUAGCAAAGUUCAAGUCAAAUGUGUUUCCUAUUUCAAGGAUAUUCCCCCAGUCAGCUAUUGCCAGCACUUAUCUAGCAUUACACCACACACCCCUCUACCAUCUAUUAUCAGUAUCUGGCAAGACCUGGGUUUUCAACAAAAAGCUGACUGACCUAAACUUGUUUGCGGAACACCAGAAGCUUCUAGACACGUGGAGAAGCUCAGGCACGGCUUCAAUAGCAACUGUGUUUGCUGCGCGGUCGUUAAAAUUAUUCCUUAACUUGCAGACCUCGCUCAGUCAGGCUAAGAGUAGCAGAGGGGAGACUUGUCCGGUAAAGACAAGACCCCUGUCCGGUAUAUCGAAUUAUUGGGGCAUAUAUGUCUGCUCUCUAAUCUGUUGGGCUUUCGGUCUGACAGAGGAACAAGAUAAACCUAGAAUCAGCGCGACACAAGAUGCUACGAAGGAAUGGAUUCUUAGGGUUGCAUCUCAAGAGCCAUCCGAGGUACACAUCCAAAGCGACCGCAACGGGGCUCGAGGGGUUGUCGGUCUUGUGAGGCAAAUGUUGUCGACUGAGUGUCUAGGAGGAGGGAACAAACUUUUUUUCGAUGCCAUAAACGUUCUGAUACGACUGGAGGGGGAGGUUACUAGCAACUGUUGA